AUGGGCGAUAUAGAGAACACGAUCGGGAUCGAGAGCGACCAUCAGCAAAAUGGUGAAACGACUCAUUUCACCGAGACUCAAUGUUCAUCAACAAUACCGUCUCCGUUGGUUGCCAACCUCAAGCUUGAGUCGACAAAUGCUACCGAACCUGACGAAGAUGAAGAUUUCAUGAUGCAAUUUUCUGUCGAAUUUUUGAAGAAUAAUCCUGAGGACCCUCUCGAGGACAUCCCUGAGGACAUCAUUGAGUACUGUCCUGAGGACAACUCGGACGGUAUAUCUGAAGAUAAACCCAGCUAUAGCUAUGAGCACAUCGAUAAGGACCCUGCUAACGACAUGGCUGCAGACAACGAUGCUCUUGCCCAAGAAUUUUUGGACAGUAAUCCUGAGGAUAAUCCUCUGGACGAAGACAUCCUAGAGUACAGCCCUGAGGACAAAUAUGACGAUAUCUCUGAAGACAGCUCUGAUAACUCCGCUAAGAACAUAUCAGAAGUCACAGAUCCGCUUACCCAAGACAAUUCGAAACGUUUAGGUUUGGGAACAUCACUUAAAAGUAGGGUAGACGAGCGACCUGGAGACCGAAGACCUCUCCUAGACAUUAGCAACGAAAUCAAUCACCGAUCUCUCCUACACAGGCAAAGAGGAAUACGCUACACUGCCACGGAGUUGGACUCGGCGGCGUAUGAUCUCAUAACGGGAGGAAAUACAAACUAUUUAUUCAGACAAGCGAAUAUGAAAUUACCUAGCCUUAAAACAGUGAAGAGGCACAUUGUGAACCAUACGUCAGAAACGCAGGAGGCAACGAUCAUGGUACAGUCCCUACUGAGAUAUCUUAAUGCUCAUCAAUAUCCGUUGAUUGUAGCAUUAAGCGAAGACGGGACUGCAGUGUCCCCAGAUAUAGAAUACGAUCCACGGUCUGACUCGUUGAGAGGCUUGGUAGCACCAUUUGACGUUCAUGGAAUGCCAUCCAAGGAUGUGCUCAAGGCCACUACACUAAUCAAAAUGGUUAAUGACAUGCAAACCUACCAUGUCGGAGAAUACUUGUAUGUGAUUAUGGCUCUACCUAUGGCUGUUGGUGCUUCACCAAUAUGUAUAUUCUACAUGUGCAGUGACAAUCGAUUUACAUACACAGACGUGAUUUCGCGGUGGACUUUUGUUGAAGCCGAAUUACAAAAAGUAGGAAUAUCGGUGGUCAGCAUCUCAUCAGAUGGAGAUACACGACUGUUGAAGGCGAUGAAGGAAAGGUCAGGGAUACCUAGUCCCUUUGCUAGUAAGGUGUAUGGGCCCCAUUUUGCCGCUGACCUCACCGGUGAACCAGUAUGUAUACAAGAUACGGUACACCUCGUCAACAAAUUACGUCACGCUUUGCUAGACCCGAAGCGACACAUGCGUUUAGGUAAAUUCGUCGUAUCGGUCGCCGUUGUGAAUGAAAUGAUCCAGCAAGGCUGCAAAGGAAUUCAUCGAUUAAAUCCAUCAGAUAUAAACCCAAACGACAAAAUGAAAUUUGAUCCCUCACUGAAGCUGAUGGCUACGGAUUUAAUCCAGCAUUUGAAGCAGACCGUCGCUGGAAGCAUGGGAACAGCCAUAUAUUUGGAGAUGAUGAGGAACAUAUACAUCGCUUUUACCGAUGAGAACAUGCACACUUAG